AUGGCGCCUGAGAGGAAACCACCUAUCGUACUUGCGCCUACUUCUCCACCAGAUGACAUCUCCAAGUCAGCUGCCUUCGUCUUUAUCCAUGGCCUCGGUGACGAAGCAGAAGGCCUAGCAAACGUCGCCAACCAAUUUCAGUCUGCGGGCAAACUACCGUAUAUGUCUUGGGUUAUUCCCAAUGCGCUAGAAAACCACGAUCUAGCAACUACUGCCUGGUAUCUCCCCACACGCCUCUCUCCAUAUCCACCGUCGCGGCCUGAGCUCGAAGAUGACGAAGACGAAGACGGCAUGAUGGCAACAGUAUCGUAUAUCAGCACAUUGAUUGAUGAUCUCGUCAGACAGGGUGUCCCUGCAGAAAGAAUUAUUCUAGGGGGAUUCUCACAGGGUCAUGCUAUGGCGCUUCUAACUGGCUUGAUAUCCAAGUACGCUGGGCAACUUGGGGGACUGGCCGGUUUGUCUGGAUACCUUCCUCUGGCAACACAGAUACCCAGGCUGAGAGAGCAAGCCGGGUUACCGAAGGAUGUAAGUGAAAGUAAGGAGGUGUUUCUGGCAAGGGGAACUGGGGAUCGAUUGGUGCCAAAGCGUUACCAUCGUUUGUGUUAUGAAGGAUUGUAUGAACUUGGUAUCGAGAAAGAGAAGGUAACGGUAAAAGAAUAUGAGGGAAUGGGUCAUAUCAUGGGCGCGGCUGAGCUGCGAGACUUGUGUGCUUGGUUGGAGAAAGUAAUACCCGAAAUAGACUAA